GUGAAGUUGGCUACCCAAGUCUUAAGUACAUCUGUUGCUAUAGCACUGGAAGAAUGUGGAUAUGCUUAUGUCCUUGCAACAGCGAAGUUCUGCAAAAUGAUGAAUGAUUUCUUUGACUGCACAAAUGUGAUGUCAAUGACUGAAUAUGUCAGUAAAAGAAAUCAAUUUGUCAAGCCAUACACCUGCCAAGAUGACGAGCGAUUCAGCUGGCUGAAAGAUGUGUUCUUGGGGUACUGGAUAGUUGGAAAAAUUCGACAAUGGCAAGAGAUGGUGAAUACUCCACUAACAACAGAGAGAAAAUGUUUCUUUCCACCCAGACCUACAAGGGUCUCAAGAUCUCUGUCUACUCCCAUAUUGAGGCAAUUCAGUUCUUGCUUGCUCAGGGAUUUCAAUACGUUCUGAGCGAGAGAUUUAUGCAGGAUGUAGUUGAAGACUAUUUUGGGCACCAAAGAGCAAAAGGUGGAUGA